GUCUAUUGCGAUCUAGUUCGUUGUGGAAUCCCAAGUCCCGCGCCAACGACAGAUGUUCUUCAGAGCGAAAGGUGGGCCAUGGGCUAGACUAUUCCAGUAAAUUCCUUAAAACUCAGCAGACAACAAAAUAAUUCAAGAUUCCCCUCUGCCUGGCUCUGCUCAGCUUUGACCUUAACAAUCAAGCAGGAAAGGAUUCCAAAUUCUCGUAGAGAAUAUUCCUGUAAUGACAUCGUAGCUUCCUACUGCCCCAGAGAAUUUGCAAAGCCAGCUCCGACUGCACAAGAUGAAUACGCGGUGCCCUCGUAGUUGCUUUGAUGUCAAAGAGUUUGAAGCUCGUGGAAGCAGCCCGGUGCUAGUGCCACUGUGGAACAGUGGAGCAGUGCAUCUUGAGACCAGUGAAGGCGUCAUACCUUUAGAAUAGAAAUAUUUAGAUUAAUGAGCGAUGCAGCAGAAGGUGCGUUUGCCACAUCGACAUACCUGAGUGGAAAUGCACGUGGACUGGCCUGAAGAAGGGAAGCAGGGAAUCCUGGAACCUUGAUAGCAGCUGCUAGCCUCGUCGAAAUUCCAAAAAGGGGAGAUAUCAGGAAACAGAAGGGGAGAGGGAGAGAGAGAUCUGUGGAGAGAAGAUCAGGCUGCGUCGGUCACACAUAAGCACGGACAGGAGGAGGGGCGGAGGAGAGAAAGAGACCUGCUAAGUCACGGCACAGCAGGUCAGUUAGGUGGAAGGCAUGCGAUAAAGGCUAAAAAAGGAGAAGCAACGAAUUCGACGAGAACCGGAAGCUCCUUAGCAUGGACCGUCGUCUCCUUAGCAGCCGAAACUGUCGAGCAUGUGAGGGUCGAGCAAGAAAUGGCAAGGGAGUCACCAUCCAAUAAGAGAAACCGUCAGCUCCUUAUAAUGGACCGAUGUCUCCCUAGAAUCUGCACAAUAGAUGGACUCCGCACUCACGGCUGCAGUCACUCCUCGGGUCCCAUGCUGCGAUCGUGUUUCCGAGCCCUCAUUGCGUGGAGAGAUGACAGUCUGCAGCCUAGAGCAUCUAGUGCUGCGGUGGACAGCCUGCUUCUGUGCAUGUAUCAUGUCCCAAUCCACCUUCUCCGAACCCUAGCUCGUGCUCAAUCACCACUAUAUAAACUUGCAGCCGCAGGCAAAGGUUGAACCAGUUGUGAUCUUGUUGUAAUACUUGUCGAGAGCCCUCUGCUGCACAUUCCAGCGCCAGGCAAAUCAAGCUCUCCUUAGGCACUCGUGAUUUCCGUGGGAAUGGGCAAAACCAACACUGCUGCUGCUGCUGCGCCUGCUGCUGCUCCUUCCAAGCUUCAACCCGCUGCUGCCGACCUCAGCUCCAAGUUCCCCAAAGAAUGGAGCGUACGAGUGAACUCCAGAGCCGUAGGUAGCACGAACCCGAUUCGCACUAUCACGGAUGCCAUCAAAAUUGAUAAAAGUUCCGGCAAGUCUUUCAUUUCGCUUGCUCUUGGCGACCCUGCCGCAUGUGGCAACCACAUGAGAGUCCCAGAUUCUGCUGUCUCAUCUCUCGUAGAGGUCGCCCAAGGCUGCAAGCACAAUGGCUAUGCUGUCUCAAGCGGACUCCCUGAAUGCCGAAGGGCUGUGGCUGAUUAUCUUUCAGAAAACCUGCCGUUUCAGCUGUCGGAGGAGGAUGUGAUCAUGACUUCUGGAUGUAACCAGGCGCUUCAGGUUUGCUUCGACGUGCUUGCCUCUGAUGGAUGUAAUAUAUUGGUGCCAAGGCCGGGGUUUCCAAUGUACGAGACUUACUGCACCUACUUGGGAGUGGAGACUCGAGGGUACAACCUUCUGCAAGAGCAAGACUGGGAAAUCGACCUCGACCACUUGGUGAAAUUGGCGGACAGCCGUACAGCUGCUAUCGUGGUGGCGAAUCCAGGCAAUCCAUGUGGGUCGGUCUACAGCUAUCAGCACGUUGCACAGAUUGCCAAAAUUGCUGAAAAGCUCAGGAUUCCGAUCAUUGCCGACGAAGUGUACGCUCACAUGGCCUUCAGCGGUCAUACUUUCGUCCCCAUGGCGGAGUUCUCCCUCAGCGUCCCUGUUCUCACCGUGGGAGCUGUCUCCAAGAGAUGGCUCGCUCCAGGCUGGCGCCUCGGAUGGAUUGCAGUCUGUGAUCCCCAUGGUAUUCUGACCAAAGCCAAGGUAAUGGACGGCAUGCAGAGAUUGAUGCAAAUCAGACUAGGACCUUCAACCCUCAUGCAGGGGGCCUUCGCGGAAUUACUUCGGAGUACGCCGCAAUCAUUCUACGAAAACUCGCUGAAAUCAUUGGAAGCAGGGGCUGAUCUUUGCUACCAACGCGUCAAGAAAAUCCCGGGGCUGGAUUGUCCUAACAAGCCCAAAGGUUCUAUGUUCAUGAUGGUGAGAUUAAAUCCAGAGGUGCUGGAUGGGAUAGACGAUGAUGUUGGAUUCUCAAGGGCGCUAGUCCAAGAAGAAUCUGUGCUAGUGCUACCAGGGUCUGCAUUCAGAGUAUCGAACUGGUUCCGGAUUGUAUUUGCACUCCCGUUGCCAGAAAUGAGCGAAGCAUGGGACCGCAUCGAAGCGUUCUGCAACAGACACCAAAAACCCGCCCAUGCAAACGGAACGCUCUAUUGAAGGAUAUUGAGUAUUCUCUCCCAAUCUAAGGAAUGUGUAAAUACGUCCACGUGUACAGGGGCAAUAGAUUGAAAAUCGCCCGGAUAUCUCCAUAGUCAGAGCCACAUAAUGGCUUCACAUGUAAAAUUUCAUCCGAAUGAAAUACCCUAAAUCGAGCAGAGAGCUCCCCAUCUUAAUUUUGACACAUUAUGUAUAGACUAAGACAGAGUAGUCAAGAGACUGGUUAUGUCUCCUUACAAUGUACAAUACUAGCUGAGACAAGCUUAUAUAAACAUCGUUGAGUAUCUUCUUCGAUACACAUGCAAACCAAAAUGUUAAAACGCGAGAUU